AUGGCAAGCGACACCGGCGUCGACAUUAAACCGGAGACUAGCGUCGCGGAACGCUUUAUCUGCUUCACCUGCCAAAAAGAGUUUCCGACUGCCAAUGACCGUGAAUAUCACCAACGUCAGUUCGGCACCAUGAUGAGCUCAUGCACGAACCUUGGCGCGGGAAUUGCAUUCUACUUUGUGAGCGAUAGCCGCACCUUUACACUCAUGCGUCACGCCGAUAAUAAGUUCCACUGCCCUCAUCCACCGUGCACGCUUCGAACAACCAACGUCUCCAACCUACGUCGCCACGUCAUGCGGCAUCCCAGCUCGUCAAAAAGACGCUUCUCCCCAAUUAUCGACACUGUCAGCGUGAUUCAAACGCCCGACGAGAACGGCAACAUCAUCACUCGUUUCUUUCACCCGACCACCCCACAGGCCAUCUGUUUUUCGGCCAUCGAAGCUGCCGCUGCUGCCGGUAUUACCAGCGCCCUCCGACAGGCUACACCCCCUGGCCCUAGACGCAAGCGGCGUGGCGCCCAUCAACGGGGUCGUCCUUCCUCCCAAACCAGCCAUUCUGGUCAGCAGUCUGGGACCGAAGAUCCUGAUGAUGACCCGGAAGAUGCUGACAUGGCUCAUGAAUCUGAUGGGCCAGGUGAAUCCAAGCCCAAAGUCGCCAAGAUUUCCGAUUCGGAUGCUGCCUUGGCGCUCGCUUCCAUGGGACAACGUCGUGAGGCGCCUGCGGCACCACCCGCUCCGCCAACUUCCACCUCUGUUCCGGCAGGGCACGUCUCAAUACAGCCAUCCAGUUUGCCAAGCCAGGCCAUGCACGUGGCCGGUUGGCCCAUGCCCUCGAUGUACAUGACCAGUUCACACCCACAGGCAUUGCCGCAGCAGUACGAUGGUGCAAAGCAGUUGACCUCCCAAUCCCAGCCAAGCCUUUUGCCGCCGCAAAAGGCCUCAUCAUCCCUCUCUGCCGCACACUCGGCAGCACAACCUGGCCCCCAUACCGCUUCCCUCAUUCAAAUAUCGCCCACAGCGGCCCUUGCUUAUCGUCAACAAGCCGGACCCCAAGUCAGUUCAAACACACUAGCCCCGACUCCACUUGAUGAGAUUCUUGAUGGCGCAGAUUCGGGUAAAAGUCUGCCCUUUGACGAGCAAUGGUCCCGGCACGGCUACAUGGAUAAGCCCAUUGAGGCUGUUUUGGGCAUCACGUCUGCUGCAGAGGCAGUUGAGCUUGCUCGAUGCGCAAGCUCUCCGUCGCUGUUACCACUUGUGAGCCGCCUCCUGACGCAAUUCGACGCCUUGUUGGAUGAAAACCUCAUUUUUGCAGAGUACUGUGUCGCAUCGCUGGAUUACCCCGCAAGCCCUGCCUCGCUAUCCGGCCGACAGCCCCUGCGCCGCGUCUCUGGGGUCGAAUUUGAGCACAGCGUGAAGGUGGUGACAUCAUUUGUGCAAUUCAUUGGUGCUCUCGUGGGGCAAGAUCCAGUCAAGCUGCAGUCACCCAGCUCAGAUGGUAUUCGCACGUCGGUCAAACGCUUGCGCCUGAGUCUCAGCCCUGAUUUGCAACGAGCUGCGGACCACUUCUUUGCCUCUUUGCCUGACAGCAGCGACCCCAGGGCCAACGACCAGACUGCUCUGUCUGCUCUGCGCGAAUUGCUGACCAAAUUGUUUCUGUACCGGCCACACCUCUGCGACCGGCAUGAAGACAAUCCAUUGUGGCGCUUCUUUGCACUUCGCUUUGCAAAGUCGGCCACCUUGGUCGCCAAGCCGACAGACAUGCUGGCAGAUGCAGAGGCCCUGCUGCACACGAGCCACACCGUUGUUUUGAAUCACAUCUUGAGCCAGCGUCUGGACCUAGCUUCCUUUCAAGACCAAUGCCCGCGCGACCCCUUCAACUCCUGCGCCAUCUUGACUGUGGAGCGCGAUCGGUUGCAAGACUUUACGAAAGCCAAACGGUUACUUGUCGGUCACAAGUAA